AUGGCCUACAAAUUGAGAGACAGGAACCAAAAGAGAAUUUACUUCAGCACAAGCAGUUCAGAUAGUGACUCCAGCUAUUCUGAUCCUGACUAUUCAGGAUCUAGGCCGCCACAAAGACCACAAAAUCAAGCCACAAAUAUUCAAAUUGGAAGUUCAAGUUUGGUGCGAAGAAGAGGUCGUCCCAUAAAGAGAAGGGUAUAUGGAGGAGAAAACCAAAGUUUCGAAGUUGGAGAAAGUUCUAGGGGAAGAAAGCAAGCUCCUUGUUCACUUAAGAAACAAAACACAAGUGUUGGAAAACGACAGGAAAAAACAACCAUCUUGUCUUGGUUGAUAGACUUGGGGAUUAUCAGGGAAAAUGCAGAAGUGUGGUAUCUGGAGGAUAAUCGAGUAAGAAUUUUGCUGAGGGGAAUGAUUAGAAGGGCUGGGAUAUUCUGUCUGUGUUGUAAGGAGGAGAUAACAGUUUGGGAGUUUGAGAUUCAUGCUGCAAGUGAUCUGAAAAGACCAUAUGCGAAUAUUUUCCUAGCCUGGAAACUCGUUUCUCUCUUCCAAUGCCAGCUUGAGGCUUGCAUUAUGGUCAUGGGACCAAACCAAUGUGGAUUUAACCAAGUUGUCCCUAAGGAGAAUGCUGUAGACAGGAAUGAUGAUGCUUAUCAUUGGGCAUGUUCUCUUGAAGAAGACUUAGAUCUUAAUACUCCAAUCCCCAGCUCACUUAGCAACCAGACUCUCGUCAAUUCUUUCUGUGGGAAAAGUUGCAGGGAGAUUUUUAAGCACUUGGAAAGUAUAGCUGGAGUCCGAAAUGAGAUAGAUGGAGGAUUGUCUUGGUCUCUAAUGCGCCUAACAGAUCUACGAUCAGCUACACCUACCGAUAAUAUUCAUCAGAUUGUGGAAUGUAACUGCAAGAUUGGCAUUGUAUGGGGCAUGAUGGAUGAAUCCUUCGUUACAACCAUGGACCGACUUACUAAUAUAAAUAUAGUUCGAAGUGUCGUAUACAAUCAAGGAUCAAACUUGGCUCGAAUUAACUUUCAAAGAUUUUAUACUGCCGUUCUUGAGAAGGACGAUGAGAUAGUCUCUGCAGCAUGUUUGAGGAUACAUGGAACAAAAGUUGCAGAGAUUCCCUUCGUUACAACUCAUGAAAACUAUAGGGAAAUGGGGAUGUGGAGAAAGCUUCUAGUUGCGAUUGAAUCUGCUCUUCACUUUCUUAAAGUUGAGUAUUUGGUCAUUCCAUCCAUCGACCAUCUUGUUCCAAUGUGGACAAAGAAAUUUGGUUUUAGCAAAGUCAAAGGUUCCCUGAUGAAUGAAUUAAUCUUCCUCAACACAUUGAUGUUUACUAAAGCAGUUAGAUUGCAGAAGACCUUGCUCCCAGCUCACUCUAUAGAGCCAGAUGGGGGAGAUAAUGGGGGGAAGGAUGUUGAUGGAGUUAGUAAACAGAAGGAGCAAAAUGGAACAAGCAAAGGACGGAACCUUGGAAAACUCCCGCUUUUUGAUUUAAACGUUGAACCUACGGAAGAGGGUAGAUAG